AAAUACAUAAUUUUAAUUCAACCCAAGUGUUUUCCAACCAGAUUGUAUUUGCUUAAAUUGCUACAGUAAUUCAAGCGACAGCACUGUCUGGACACAGAGUUACUGUGGAUCUUUAAGAGACUCAAAGAAUUUAGGAAUUUCUGAUUCAUUUAAAGGAUUUGCAAAUUCAUCAACCCCUGAAAACUAAAGCAAUUUCAACAGGACAAAAAAAGAACAUGAGCUUUUUAAGUACAGUAUCUGUCCUUUUCUUCUUCUUUGGAGUUAAGGUAUAUUGCCAAUAUGAAAUUUACCAGUGGGAUGAAGAGUACGACCCAGUGUCAAAUGAAGACUAUGAACCACAAUUCCAAUUUAAUCCAAAUGUAGAAUAUGGAAUUCCUUACCAGCAUAUGUUAGGCUGUGCCAGAGAAUGCUUCUGUCCAAUUAACUUUCCAUCAUCAAUGUACUGUGACAAUCGCAGACUGAAGACAAUCCCAAAUAUUCCAACACAUAUUCAGCAACUCUACCUUCAGUUCAAUGACAUUGAGGCUGUGACGGCAAGUGCAUUCACCAAUGCAACUAACCUCAGAGAAAUUAACCUCAGUCACAACAAAAUUAAAUCUCAAAAGAUCGACUAUGGUGUGUUUGCAAAGUUUUCAAAUCUACUACAACUUCACCUGGAGCAUAACGAUUUAGAAGAAUUUCCAUUUCCACUUCCUAAAUCUCUGGAAAGACUCCUUCUCGGUUACAAUGAAAUUUCCACACUGCAGACAAACGCCAUGGAUGAGCUAGUGAACCUGACCAUGCUUGAUCUCUGUUAUAAUCAUCUGCAGGAUUCCAUGUUAACGGAAAAACACUUCGCCAAAACGGAAAAACUGAUGCAGCUCAACCUCUGCAGUAACAGAUUGGAAUCAAUGCCUCCUGGAUUGCCUUCUUCACUUAUGUAUCUGUCUUUGGAAAAUAAUUCUAUUUCUUCUAUACCAGAGAAGUAUUUCAGCAGACUUUCAAAACUUCAUACCUUACGAAUGUCACACAACAAACUGCAGGACAUCCCCUACAAUAUUUUUAAUCUUUCCAACCUUGUAGAGCUCAAUGUUGGACACAACAAACUGAAGCAAGCAUUCUACAUCCCAAGAAAUUUGGAACACCUGUACCUAGAAAAUAAUGAAAUAGAAAAUGUCAAUGUGACAGUGAUGUGUCCCUUUGUGGACCCACUACAGCAGCACCACUUAACAUACCUUCGUGUGGACCAAAAUAAGCUAAAAGAGCCAAUUAGUUCAUAUAUCUUCUUCUGCUUCCCUCGCAUACAUAGUAUUUAUUACGGUGAACAAAGAAGCAUCGAUGGUCAAACAAUACAACUGAAGACCCAAGUAUUUGGGAGAUUUCAAGGUGAGGAGGAGGAGGAAGAGGAUCAUGAUGAUCAUGACAACCCUCAUGUGAGUCAAGAGUCAGAAGAACACUUGGCGCCUCAUUACUAUGAAAUUCAAGAAUGGCAAGGGAUUAUAUAGGUACACAUUUAUAACUUUAUAAAAUCUUAUUACUCAAUAUAAAUCUAAAUAUAUAUAGCUCAAAGUAAUAUAUUUAGAAUUAUGUAUUAGUAUUACAUUUAAGUUGCUGGUGGCAAUUACAUUAUUACAUAGGAUUAGAACUUCCUCAAAAUGAUACAAACGUUUAGAAAUAGAAAUUAGAAUGACGAGAACAAACACCCUAAAUUUUAAUGGCUCCUUUUUAAACCCACAAAUAUCAUCAUGCUGAAACAAAAAGGUGUCCCUGAAAAAAAAGUGUCACUUUUAGGGAGAGUAAUGUUUCUAAGGGUGAUGAAGGAAGUCGAACUGGCACCGAAGACCCUGAAGCCAUGUUCUUUCAAUUGCUAUGAGAAUAAUACACUGCAGGAGGGUACAUUAGUGCAAGAACAGCCACUCCUUAAGGAAAACUCUUUUAACCGUCUCCAUAAAGAUCUCACACUUGGAACUGUGAUUGUCUCACUAUGACAUCCACCCCACUGAGUCAGCCCUUAGAGCACAGAACGGUAGCUUUGACUUUUCAUGAGGCCACCACGCUAUGUAUCCAGGGCAGAGGAUUAAUGACAGCAAGGGUUCUCAGUGCUCUCUCUCAGGGCACCGAGGCAGAAAUGCUGAAUCUGGGUAACUAAAAAUUAUCAGACUAUUUUACUACAAUCUGUAUUUUAGCAAAGUUCAGCAAAUGCUCAAAACAAAUUUUUAUUGUGCUUCAUUUUAACUGGGACAAAUAUUUUUACAGUAUACUAGAGGAAGGCCUGUGUUUGGUUACAUAAAGCUUCGCUAAUAAAUAACUGCUUUGUUCACAAGGUUAAGUGAAUGUUAAGAAAAUAAAGUUCUUUAGACAUCA